AUGGUCGUCCUGCGGCUUUCGCACGGCCGCAAGCUCGAGUCAAUCGAACUCAUGGCUGCAUCGAUGCGAACUAGGGUACAGCGUGAAACGGCUGCUACUCUGAUUCUCGACCUGAUCGAACUGAGUUACGAGCAUCGCCGCAAUGGCACCAAGCGCCGAGCGCACAAACCACUUCGCUCGCUCCUUACACCUCCUGCGGCACACUCCGGGGCUACGCAAUUUGCGUCGUCCCCGGGCGCUCCUAGACCUCCAGAGACUCCCUUUGGAAACGGCCAGGUUCCUGCCUCCUUGACGCAGGUCGCCGCGAACGCCAGCCUCCAGGGAUCGGCAGCCCAAGUCGAGUCGAGUCAAGUCGAGGUGUCGGCGUCGAUGAAGGGUCACAGCAAAAUUGCACUAGUCCGGAUAGGGUGGGAGCGCGGUUCGUCGGUCGCUGCAACACGCCCCUCUUCGAUCCGCAAAGCCAGUUCCACUGCUUCAAUUGUCCGCACAUGCCCGCUUCGACCACACACGCUUCUGUUCGAUAUCAAGAAUACGAUUGUCCGAGAGUAG